UUGAUUAUUGCGAUUAUUCUUGUUCUUUUUCGAUUAUUGCGAUUAUUUUCGAUUAUUUUCGAUUAUUUCGAUUAUUUGUUGAUUAUACAUUAAUUCUAAUAUCCAUACUAUGACAUUGCCAAAUGACAAUGAAGAAAACAGAAUGUAUGUAGGAUAGAAAGAGAGACUGUGUGUCUGGGCGACUGAGUGAGUGAGUGAGUGAGAGAUUAUUGAAAACCAUUAGAAUGUAAGGCUUGACCACAUGUAUUUAUUACAUUAUUGUCGCGACAGCAAAAAGAUUCGCUGAAAAUUGAGAUUUGAUUGUGGUGGUAGUAGUAGCAGUGGAGGGAACAACACACAUGGAAUUAAUGCCGUACACACAAUUUGCUAUUGCAUCGGAACGACGUCACAGCGGCAACGGCAAUAUGGCGUAGCGAAUGGACAAUACUGCGAGAACAGUAGCAACGACAAAAGAUCACAUUCGGAAAAGUUAACAUGGCAAGAAAACGCAAACGUCGAACUGACAGUGUUGAACCGUCAACAUCAGUGCCACCAUCAGCUAUUGAUCCAAAUCGACCCGAAUUCCAGCCAUUUGUCGAAUUAAACAUAUUGACUGAAGCCGAAAUAAAUGAGGCGUUACACAAUCCACGCGAUAUUGAUCAUCAUCAUCAACAUCAUCAUCAAGAUGACAGUAUGCAACCGCGUGUACUGCUGAAUCGUUUGACCGAAGAAGAGAUUGCGGCACACUGUAGUUCCAGCACCAGUGUCGGUCCGACCGAAACGAAAAAGGCACCGAAAGUCGAAUUCGAUCAGGUAAAUUUUACCGUUAAAACUGGUUUGAGAGGUGUAUUAAAUGAUAUACCCGAUGAUGAAAAUGCAAAACGCUUGCUUUUAAACCGCAUUUCUGACGAUGUGGUGCGAUGCACGAAAAUUGCGAUACAAGCAUCGAGUGCAAUUCAUUUCAUCUUCAAUAAAAAGAUGGAAGAGGGCACACCGGAGGAAAUUACCGAAUUUUUCAACAAAACUGACCGUCCAAACAAUCGAUGGUCAGAGACACAGCAAAUGUUGUCCGAAUAUUUUUACGGCGUGCUGCGAGACAAAUGCCGAAGCGAUGACUAUCCAAUUCAAAAGCAUGCACCGGAAUUUCUCGAUAUUAUGUUGCGAAAUGGUGAGGAUGUCCUCCAAACCAGCGAUAAAAUAGCGCAACAAAUCAAGUACAUGUGCCAACAAUAUCACACAAAUUUCAUGCUCAUCAUUGUAAUACACACGAAGGCUCGACUACGUCGAUUUUUCAUGUUUGUGCAAAAUAGUCUGCAUCCAGCCUAUACAAAACAACAAAAAAACCAUAACAAAAAUGUCGUAAAUCGCACAAUUCGAUUCCUGUUUGAUGGCACAGUUGAGUAUGAAGCGGAUUUAGUUAACGCAUUCACCGUGCUGCUGGAGCCGAACAUUGAAAAUAAAUGUGGCAUGUUCAUGGACAUUAAACUAACAUGGAUGCAGCAUGUCCCAUUGUUAUUUCGUUUGCAAAAGUUCAUUUAUGAAGAUUGUUCCAUUGGCCACGUUUCAGCGCCGGCACAUCAUGUUCGAUUCGAGAUCUUUAUUCGACGCUUUGACUGCCGUCGGUCGCAAGCCACGUAAACCGACCAAAACACCGAAAGCUUACGACCGAGACGAGUUCCUCGCCAAAAAAAGUUUAGUCCGAAAAAUGUGGCAGAAAUAUUUCGAUUAUGAAAAAAUCAUACCGACAACACCGAAGAAAUAUUUCAAUCAACUAAUUUACACGGAUGGUGUGGCCGUGUCUCUGAACUGCAUCAAAACAAUUGUUAAACAAACCGAGGAAGAUCGAAUCGAACGACUUUCGCAAGAUUUUGAAGGUGGCAAAUUCGAACGAUUGCUCGGAUUGGAUCCAGGCAAACAUGGGGUCAAUCACUAAAUUCUAGUGCAUCUAGUUUUUGAUAAAAAUUCACUAGAAAACUAGAAAAUUCUAGCAAAAGACUAACAGUUGCUGGUGUUGCCAGGGAAUAUCGAGACAAUGACGUGAUAGUCGAGCGCAAUAUUCGAGUGGAGGCUGGCAAAUAUUAUCGCCUAAUCAAUGCGAAAAAACAAAAGAAAUUGCGUGAAGAACUUGACACAAAGUUGCAAGAUCGUUUGUUGGCAGAUCGAAUGACGUAUCCGGAGAUCUCCGAAACAUGUCCGCACUAUGUUGAUUUUGCGAAUCACCAUUUUCGUUUUUUCAAUGAACAAAUCAAAGUGUACUGUUCGCUCAAGUAUACCUAUUUGGCAUUCGGUGGUUUCAUCAAGAAACAAAAAGCGAUGGAUAAAAUCACAAACGAAUUGUGUCAAGGUAAACCAACGCUCAUUGUCAUCGGCGGAGCAAAGAUGCGACAAGGUCUCAAAGGCCAUCCAGAAACACCACAAACGAAUCGCUAUGUGCAUUAUUUCAAUCGACGACGUGGAUGUAAGUGUUUGGUAGUAGAUGAAAAUCGCACGACAAUGUUGUGCAGCCUAUGCUGGACCGUAUUGCAAGCGCCAAACAAUCAACCGAAAGCACGAUACAGAACGUGUUUGAAUUGUAUUGUAAAGAUCCUUGCAGAACCAGCACAUGUAGUUUGGACGAGGAAAAGUAAACGUCGUUUGAGAAGAGAGCGACGUCGUUUGAAAAGAGAACUACGUCGUCGUUUGAAUGCAGGUGAAAACGUCAACAAUGCAGCAGCACCAGAACCAGCCAAUGUGAACAAUGAAGAUGAAGUGAUGCCAUUGGUCGCUGAUGUAGUACAACAAGUAGAAGUAGUGGAAGUACGAGAAGAACAACAACAAGAAGAAGAUAUUUUCAUUAUCGUUGACGGUGAUGAACAAAUGCAAAUGUAUGUACCAAAUCCACAACCACAACGAAUGGUUUCAAAGAUUGUACGGAUAGUUAAAAACAACCGGGCCGGCCGACUUGGAACUGUGAUCGUGGUGUGGAAUCGGGACGUAAAUGCGGGUCGCAACAUUCUAUAUCGCGGUUUGUGCAUACUGCGACAUGUAGAACCGAAUCCCGUUUUCACGGUCCGAAAUCUUGCGGAACUCGGCA